AUGGGGGACUGGAACUUGUUGGGGAAGCUGCUGGAGAGUGCCCAGGAACACUCCACCGUUGUGGGCAAGGUCUGGCUGACAGUGUUGUUCAUCUUCCGCAUCCUGGUGCUGGGAUCCGCCGCUGAGAAGGUGUGGGGCGACGAGCAGUCCGGCUUCACGUGUGACACCAAGCAGCCCGGUUGUCAGAACGUCUGCUACGACAAAACCUUCCCCAUUUCUCAUAUCCGCUUCUGGGUGUUGCAGAUCAUCUUUGUCUCAACGCCAACUCUUAUUUAUCUGGGCCACAUCCUUCAUCUGGUCCGCAUGGAGGAAAAGGAGGAACAGAGAGAGAAGGAACUUGCCAUCCACAAUGAAAAGCACCAGCAGUUACAUGUAACCAAAGCCAAGAAGGCCCCAAUCAAAGACAACCAGGGCCAUGUGCGCUUGAAAGGCGCACUGUUGCGAACCUACGUCUUCAACGUUAUUUUUAAGACCCUGUUUGAAGUGGCCUUUAUUGUAGCUCAGUACUUCCUGUAUGGUUUCGAGCUCAAGCCAAUGUACACCUGCGACCGCUGGCCUUGCCCUAAUAUGGUGAACUGCUACAUCUCUCGACCCACUGAGAAGACGAUAUUCAUCCUGUUCAUGCUGGCCGUGGCCUGCCUCUCCCUGCUGCUCAACCUGGUGGAAAUGUACCAUUUAGGUUUCACAAAGUGCCACCAGGGUCUCCGUUACAGACGAUCGCAGGCUGCAGGUGAGGCUCCCAAGGCCCUAAAUGAGGCGGUCAUGCCGUAUGUCCCGAACUACAACUUCUUUGCUGGUCAUGCUGCGGUGCCUGAACCUUUCCCCGCGGACUCAAAGUACAGCAUGGCAGAGCCUAACGCUGCCUACAGCCCCUACAACAGCAAAGCGGUUCACAAGCAGAACAGAGACAAUAUGGCCGUGGAGAGAAAAGGUAAACCAGAGGGAGACGAUGUGAAGGAGAGGAAAAUCUCCAGCCCUAUCUUUGAGUUGCCCAUUGAAAAUCAGCGCAGAAACAGUCAGUCAAGCAAGCACAGCAGUAACAAGAGCAGGCUGGAUGACCUGAAGAUCUAG